AUGAACCCUCUCUUCAAUCUCCAAGACCAGCUGUGCUAUGUAAAAUGUGGCCACUGCACCACCAUUUUACUUGUGAGCGUGCCCCGGAGCAGCCUGUGCACGGUGGUGACGGUCAGAUGCGGCCACUGCACCGCCAUUCUUUCCGUCAACAUGAUGGUCAGAACUUCACUUGUCCCUUUCCACCUCUUGGCUGCUUCCCUCGAUCAUCAUCAUCAUCAGUGGAAACAAGAAGGAGAAGAAGAAGAAGAAGAAGAGCAAGAAGGGGAUUCCAAUAAUAACCCAAAACCCUGGGAGAAAAACAGCCCCUUCUUGGAGGAAGAAGACAAUAAUGAUGAUUCCCCAGUUACCCAAACUGCCGUCACUAAACCUCCUGAGAAGAGACAACGAGCUCCCUCAGCUUACAACUGCUUCAUCAAAGAAGAGAUCAAGAGACUGAAGGCUUCGAAUCCUUGCAUGAGCCACAAGCAGGCCUUCAGCGCUGCGUCCAAAAACUGGGCCCAUCUGAGACCAAGUCAACACCAUGAAAGCGAAGGAGGAAGCUAUGAUCAAGAAGAGAUAAAUGUGCAGUCCAUGUACUCGGGGACUGAGCAGUCAUCCAAAUUCCACAUUGAAUUCAAAAUAAAGAUCAGACUUAAUCCCAGCUGA